AUGGCUAGGACGGAAACCACGGAGAAUACCACUUCUAUGCACGACGUAAUGACUGACCCCGAAAAUGCCAGAGAGCCGAUUCCCCGUGACAAACCAGGUGGUCCCAGUCAUACCGUAAAAUUAGAAGACGAUGGCCCCCGGGAUGGCGGUGUCGCUGCAUGGUUGGUUGUCCUGGGAGCGUGGUGCUGCUCCUUCUCCAGCCCGGGCUGGAUCAACAGCGUUGGCAGCUUCCAGCAGUAUUACGAGGCGGGACCGCUGAAAUCCUACUCCAGCAGCACCAUUGCCUGGAUUCCGUCACUCCAGCUGUUCUUCCUGUUCGCCUUGGGGCCUGUCGUCGGCAUAAUAUUUGACAACUACGGACCGAGGCCGCUCAUUAUUGGCGGGACGCUUCUUCACGUCUUUGGGCUGAUGAUGGCGUCGUUGGCCAAGACUUACUAUCAGUUCAUCUUGUCCCAGGGAGUGUGUAGUGCCAUCGGCGUUGCAUGCUUAUAUUCGCCUGGCAAGUUUACCCUACUCCCUGAGAAGGCGCUUACCUGCGUCUCAACCUGGUUUUCCAAGAAACGUGGAGCAGCGAUGGGCAUCAUGGUGACAGGCUCAUCAGUCGGCGGUGUCAUCUUCCCCAUCAUGAUCAGUCGCAUGAUCCAGAGCACUGGGUAUCCCUGGGCCCUGAGGACAGCGGCCUUUCUCAUCCUUGGUCUGCAGAUUGUUGCAAUUCUCACUGUCCGCCCGAGAACCAAGCCUGUGCCCAAGAAGAUGCCCACCGGCCGUUUCACUGCACCCUUUACAGAGUUCCCGUUUGUCCUGUUGCUGCUGGGCAUCUUCGUCCUGACCUAUGGCAUAUUUAUCCCCAUAGACUAUCUCGCUGUGCAGGGGUUUCAGGAGGCGCACAUGUCGGAGGAGAUGGCUCAAUACUUGGUGUCCAUCUUCAACGCCGCAAGUCUCUUUGGCCGCCUGGUUGCCGGUUAUGGCGCCGAUCGAAUCGGAAGAUGGAAUAUGUUCAUUAUCGCCUGUACUGUUUCCGGAACCUCCGAGUUUGCCGUCUGGAUCCCCGCCAAGCACUCGUCCAUCGCCAUCGGCUUCGCCAUCAUGUUCGGCUUUGCGUCCGGAGCCUUUAUCGGGCUUUCUGGCGCGCUUCCCAUCUCGGUGUCGCCGCCGCCGGAGAUGGGCUACCGGCUGGGCGUAGUCUUCCUCGCCAUCUCUAUCCCCGCUCUCACCAUGGCGCCCAUCGGGGGAGCCAUUCUGCAGAACUCGGCCAACGGUUGGCUGGACGUGAAGAUUUUUGGGGGCAUCAUGUGCCUCGCUGGGUCGGUGAUUGUUCUGGUAUCGAGGUGGCUCUAUACCGAGAAGAAACUUCUGAAAGUUUUCUGA